UUUUUUUAUAAAUUAAAUUAUUUUUACACAAUUAAAAAGCUAAAAAUGGAAAUAAAUGAGAGAGCAAUAAGCAUUGAUUGUCCUCUAUCUCCCCCGGCUUGUACAAGUACAGAUGAUGGAAAAGAUGAUGAAAUAAAACGAUUGGCUAAACAAUGCUCUAACAAAGUAAAUGAAUAUAUACAGGGACAGAUACAGUCAAGUAUUGAUGAUUAUAAAUUAUUGGAACAAAUGAAUGAUGUAACGGCACAGCGAUAUAAAGAUAUGCAACACGUAGCAGAAACUGUUGGAGGUCGAAUUGCCCAGCUUCAACAAAAAUACGAGGAUUUGAAGCCUUUUUUGGAUCAAAUAAAUGAAAUUGACGAAGCAAGUAAAAGAAUGGAUCAAGCAGUUACAAUGUUAGAUAAUUAUUUGGCUGUUUUAGAAACAAAAAUACGUAAAUUAGUCACCUAA